AUGGAAGGCGAGAAGAACGAGAAGAUGGAGGCGCAGAUUAAGUCCGUCGAUAUGACCGAGGAUAUGCAGCAGGAGGCCAUUGCCCUUGCCAUUGAGGCUAUGGAGAAGUAUCAUGUGGAAAAGGACAUCGCCCAAUACAUCAAGAAAGAGUUCGAUUCUCGCAAGGGUGCUACCUGGCACUGUGUUGUUGGACGCAAUUUUGGCAGCUUUGUGACACACGGUUCGUCGCGCGCAUCACAUUCUACAGGGCCCACGACUAACAUCUCGACAGAGACGAAGCACUUCAUCUACUUCUACCUCGGCCACUGUGCUAUCCUCCUUUUCAAGACCCAGUGA